UCCCUAUGGAAUGAAGUGGGUGCUCCCAAUAUCACUUGCUAGUAACACUUAUUCCUUCUGCUUAGUUUAAAGAGACCAGUUUUAUUAUGCUCGAGUGAAGAAAGAGAGAGAGAAAAGAGAGAGUUUGGUUUGGUUGUUUUGUUGGUGUGAGAAAGAAAAACCUUGCUGUAGCUAAACAACAAAAACCAAGUCUUCAUUGGUAACAAGAAGAUUAUUAUUUUUAUAUGAUUUGUUUAUUUAUCACCCAAUGAUUGACUUUGCCUAGCUGCUGCUGCUACGAGAGAAGAUACUGCUGGUGGUGGUGCUAGCAAUAGCAAGUUUAAAGUUCAAACCUUUUUCAAGUAAUUUAUAAGUUGAGAAAGAAAAGAAAAAACCAAGAAAAAAAGAAGCAAAGAUGAAGUCCAUGAAUGAUAGUAACACCGUUGAUGAUGGGAACAAUCAUAAUAACUGGUUGGGAUUCUCUCUCUCACCCCACAUGAAAAUGGAUGUUGUUACUUCUUCUACUACCACUGGUCCUCAUCAUCCCCACCAACACCACCAUCAUCAUCACUACUAUCAUCACCCUCACGAGGCUUCUGCUGCAGCUUGCAACAACAACAACAACACUGUUCCCACUAACUUCUAUAUGUCACCCUCACACCUCAACACCUCUGGAAUAUGUUAUGGUGUUGGAGAAAACAGUGCCUUUCACACUCCUUUGGCCAUGAUGCCUCUCAAGUCAGAUGGGUCACUUUGCAUUAUGGAGGCUCUAACAAGAUCACAAACCCAAAUGAUGGUGCCAACUUCAUCUCCAAAACUUGAGGACUUCCUAGGUGGUGCAACUAUGGGGGCUCAAGACUAUGGAACCCAUGAGAGAGAAGCAAUGGCUCUAAGCCUAGACAGUAUCUACUACAGCAACCAGAAUGCUGAACCUGAAACCAACAGGGACCAUUCAUCUUCUCUUGACCUUCUUUCUGACCAUUUCAGGCACCAAACCCAUCAUCACCCAUAUUACUCAGGACUUGGGAUUUACCAAGUGGAGGAAGAAGAAACCAAGGAACAACCACACGUUGCAGUUUGCAGCUCCCAAAUGCCUCAAGUGGUUGAAGGCAGCAUUGCUUGCUUCAAAAACUGGGUGCCAACAAGGGAAUACUCUUCUUCUUCCACUCAGCAGAAUCUGGAGCAGCAUCAAGUGAAUAGUAGUAGCAGUGGUGGCCUUGGAGAGGAUAAUAAUGUAGCUUAUGGGAAUGUUGGUGUUGGUAGUAGUGUUGGUUGUGGUGAGUUACAGUCUUUGAGUUUGUCUAUGAGUCCUGGUUCUCAAUCAAGCUGUGUCACUGUUCCAACUCAGAUCUCAUCUUCUGGAACUGACUCAGUUGCUGUGGAUGCCAAAAAGAGAGGCUCUUCUAAGCUUGGACAGAAGCAACCUGUGCAUAGGAAAUCCAUCGACACAUUUGGUCAAAGAACUUCUCAGUAUAGAGGUGUCACAAGGCAUAGAUGGACUGGUAGAUAUGAAGCACAUUUGUGGGAUAACAGUUGCAAGAAGGAAGGGCAAACAAGGAAAGGACGACAAGUGUAUUUGGGUGGUUAUGAUAUGGAAGAGAAAGCUGCAAGGGCUUAUGAUCUUGCGGCUCUCAAGUAUUGGGGACCUUCAACACACAUAAACUUCCCGCUAGAAAAUUACCAAACUCAACUUGAAGAAAUGAAGAAUAUGAGUAGGCAGGAAUACGUGGCCCACUUGAGAAGAAAGAGUAGUGGGUUUUCAAGGGGUGCCUCAAUGUACAGAGGAGUGACAAGGCACCACCAACAUGGCAGGUGGCAAGCAAGGAUAGGCAGAGUUGCAGGAAAUAAGGACCUUUAUCUUGGGACAUUCAGCACUCAAGAGGAAGCAGCUGAAGCAUAUGAUGUAGCUGCAAUCAAAUUUCGUGGGGUGAAUGCUGUCACCAACUUUGACAUAUCAAGAUACGACGUUGAGAGAAUAAUGGCCAGCAACACCCUUCUAGCUGGAGAGCUAGCUAGAAGAAACAAGAACAGUGAGCCAAGAACCGAGGCCAUAGAGUACAAUGUUGUGUCAAGCCAACAAGUCAUAAGCAACAGGGAAGAAGUUCACGAGACUGUGAACAACAACAACAAUAAUAAUAGUGAAAAUGGUUCAUCAUCAGAUUGGAAGAUGAGUUUGUAUCAUCAUCAGCAACAGUCAAACAACUGUGACCAGAAAACCAUCAAGUGUGAAAAUUAUAAUAGAGGUGGUGCUGCUUUCUCUGUGUCCCUACAAGAUCUCAUUGGGAUUGACUCAGUAGGAUCUAGCCAAGGCAUGAUGGAUGAGUCUACUAAGAUAGGGACUCAUUUUUCAAACCCUUCCUCGCUGGUCACCAGUUUAAGCAGCUCAAGGGAAGGUAGCCCUGAUAAAAUGGGCCCCACUUUGCUCUUUCCAAAGCCUCCAAUGGGGUCAAAGAUUGUUACUAGCCCUACUGUUGCCAAUGGUGUCACUGUUGGCUCUUGGUUUCCCUCUCAAAUGAGGCCAGUCUCAAUGUCUCACUUGCCAGUUUUUGCUGCUUGGAGUGAUGCCUAGAGGUUGAUCAAUGUCUCUACGCGUGUUUGGAAGCUAGUUGAGAAGAAAGAAAUCACGUUUGGAAUGUACGUAGAAGCUAUAACUAACUACUAGCUUCUUGGAUGUAGAAGUUGUAACUAUUAGCUUCUUAGUAAAACGUGAAAGACAAAUAUCUCAGACGUGAAAUCAAACACGCCAUGUCGUAUGUCAUUUGUCAUGUGUUAAAUUAUGCAUGUGAAAGGGAGGGAGGGAGAAAAGGAAAAGGAAAAGAAAUAGAGGGUGGAGAAAAAAAUGAAAAAGAUGAGGUUUGAAGAUUCAGAAUAUGUUGUUUUGCAAAAAAGACAUUAGUGCAGGAAUUUUGGGGAUUAAUUAUGGGCAUGUGGGGGCCAUUUAUCUGUCAUCUUUCUGUAUCCUACUGGAACGAGACAUUUUCCAACCGUAGCCUUUUGGAUCUAUAUUGCGAAUUUGAGAAGGAAAAUUGUGCAAAUGGGAGGGAAAGUGGUUAAUUUUAACUAGAGGACUAAUGAUUAAUUCAGUGAAUUGAUGUUUUUGACGA